CUACAAGUGACUUCUCCAAAAAGUGUCUUAGUUCGCAGUCACCUGAGCUUCGGGAGACUCGGCUGCCGUAGGCUUCAAGGAAACCGGUCUCUGAGGGUCCUACCAGGAGACCCUGCCCUCUUUCCUUGUCCUUUGGCUUCGUCACCCCGAACCGUCCAAAGGCCAGUCUCCUUUCCUUCCUGUCCUUUCCCAUUCGCGCACCGGACCGGGCCGAGCUGGGCCGCCUGGGCGCGGUUCUUGACCAUGGCGUCCCUCUUUAAGAAGAAAACCGUGGAUGAUGUAAUAAAGGAACAGAAUCGGGAGUUGCGAGGUACACAGAGGGCUAUAAGCAGAGAUCGAGCAGCUUUAGAGAAACAAGAAAAACAGCUGGAAUUAGAAAUUAAGAAGAUGGCCAAAAUCGGUAAUAAAGAAGCUUGCAGAGUUUUAGCCAAACAGCUUGUACAACUGCGGAAACAGAAAACAAGAACUUUUGCUGUAAGUUCUAAAGUCACUUCUAUGUCCACACAAACAAAAGUGAUGAACUCCCAGAUGAAGAUGGCAGGUGCAAUGUCUACCACAGCAAAGACAAUGCAGGCAGUUAACAAGAAGAUGGAUCCACAAAAGACAUUACAAACAAUGCAGAAUUUCCAGAAGGAAAACAUGAAAAUGGAAAUGACUGAAGAAAUGAUCAAUGACACACUCGAUGACAUCUUUGAUGGCUCUGAUGAGGAAGAAGAAAGCCAAGAUAUUGUGAAUCAAGUUCUUGAUGAAAUUGGAAUUGAAAUCUCUGGAAAGAUGGCCAAAGCUCCAUCCGCUGCCCGAAGCUUACCAUCUGCCUCUACUUCAAAGGCUACAAUCUCUGAUGAAGAGAUUGAACGACAACUCAAAGCUUUAGGAGUAGAUUAGUCAAAAAAGCUGUAAUAUUUUGCUUAUUUAUAAUUAUUUAGUUAUAAUUAUAAACCAGGCAUAUUGCCGUUUUCUUUUACAAAACAUAUUUAUUUUGCAAAAGUGAAGACCAUGAGUGAACAGUUGUUUCCUAACCCAUGGCUAUUUUGACUCUUUUGCCAAAGAAUGAUAAUGAUGCAUAACGGGAACUCUUUGGAUUUUCAUUAGAACUAUUUAGGAGUGAUGAUGUGUAAAAAGUUGACAACCUCUCUGCAUGGCAUAGAAAAAUUUAUAUUCUUUACUUAGUGUAGUUUAUGUUCUAAAUCUUUUUACACUAAAUACAAAAAUCUUGUUAAAUGCCACCAGGCAUCGACUUGAAAAGAGUCCUGUAAAAAUAUUAAAAGUAUAUAAUUAAUUCUGUAUCUGUUGCUUGUCCUUUGUAAGCAAUACGUGUUAUGACUAUAGGCAAUUUAGCUGCCAAAUUAUUUUUAAAUGAUCUAGAAGAAGAGUGCUAUUUAAACAUCUGUCUUAAACAAAAACUGUUCAUGAGUUUUUGUUUUCUUUUUCCUUUGGGAGGACAUUCUAGUUGAUAAGUUCAUUACCUUUGAAAAUGUGCUUGGCACCUGCCUUAAAUAGCACAAACAUAUUGUGCACAUCUUUAUUUUAACUGACAGAAAAGAAUUACAUUUUAAACUAAAAUUGGGGCCUCAUACAAAAAUCCAGGCUGUCUUUUGUAAAGCUUAUAACACUAAAUUGAAUAUAUUAGCAAAAAUAGAUUCUGAAUUAAUAUUUUAUAGUAAUAAAAUGAUAUAUUUUGGCCUUCCAAGAAGUAAGGAGAUUUCUUCAAUGUGAAUUAUUAUUUAAUCUGUUUAAUUUUGAACUGUAUUAAUAGGUGUAUUGAACCUCCUAAAUUGAAGCCAUCAUUCUCAAUUAAGUAACAAUACUAUGACAGUACUCUAGUUAAAUUCUAAAAUAAACAUUAGCACUUUUUUCUUGGUAAAUAAACUAAAACUUUGUGAGAAAUUAUUGCCUAAAUGUGUGUUAACAUCUUAGCAGUAUUAUUAAAGGUAAAAUUGCUUUGGUAUUUAAUGUCUGUAUGGAAAGCAAGAAGAAAUGAAGUAGCAGAUUAUAGAGAUAGAAUUUAGAAUUAUGUUAGUUUUGAAAAAUGAUGUUGUAAUAUAUGGAUUCUAGCACAUUCCGCCAUAAAAACUCUGGAGAAGAUUAUGUAGGUGUAACCUGGGAUAUUAAUUUGGGAUGACGGACAUUUUGGACUAAUAUUGGCAAUACAAAUAUGUUUUAGAACUAGCAUGUGACAUAUGGAUUGGUGGAAAGAAUGAAAAGCUAAACAAUAUAGUUUAUAAUCUAUAAUCCAUUUUAUAAUGUUCAAAGAUAUGGUUCCAUUAUUAGUAGUAUUAAAUACAAGUACCCUAAACAUUAAUGAGUCAAGAGAUUUUACUGGAUUAUAGAAUGUUAACCCAGAACUAUUUUGAUUCCUGGAUGUAAUAGCAAUGCCAGCUAAUGUUAUUUACUUUCUUGUUUAUAUGUGGGGGGCUUUUGUUUUUAAAAAUUAUUUUGUUAAGAAA